AUGUGUGGAAUCCAUGAAGAGUGCCAGACUGGAAGUCUGAGGGAUGAGCUGGAGAAGAAACCACACCGUGCCCCGGCGCGGCGGAGCAGGCGCGCCCUCCCGGCCGCGCAGGGCGCGCUUCCCCCGCGCCCCGCGGCGCGGCGCCGCUGGGCCCCGGGCGCGGGCGGGCGGCGGGGACGGGCGGGCUGCGGGGCUCAGGGGCUCUCGCCACCUGCCCGCGGCCGCCCGCAGUCCCGGUGCCGCGGGCCGGGCGAUGCGGGGCUGGCGGCCGCCCGCCCGCCCGCGAUGUUCGGGGCGGGCAGGUACAGCAUCCCGCGGCCCGUCACCAGGAACCUGGAGGACCUGGACUCGGUGCAGAGCGUCCUGCUGCACAGCUCAAGACGUCAGACGUGUGAAAUCCAUUCCUGUGAGCACUGGAGAUGCAAACACACAGCACAGCAAGGAGGGCACGCUGCAAUCAGCCUGCUCCGGCACGGCACUCUGAGCUGCUUUAUGCACAAUAAAUGUGCUCGAGUGCAAACAGAACCCCAUGGACUUUUCAGUGAUUUAACAGAAAAUGUUCUAUUUCAGAGCCGGAUUAAAAACACGCUGCCCCGUGGUAUUGCUUACGUUAAGAUAGUCAAAGUGGAAUAAGGCUACUCAUGCUUGAAACAUUUGCAUGUUGACUGACUGCAAAUAAUGGUUUUCUUUCAUGCCUGACAUGCCUGCUAUGCAUAGCAGGUGAUCCGAAAAAAAAGCAUUUAAAAUAUUAAAGGUGAAGUAAAAGCAGUAAGAA